AGCUGUUCAUUUGGAACCUAGCUGGUGGCUUCUAUCUCGGAUUUGAGGAUCUCACAAUCAAUAGACAUGUCUGCAAGUAUAGAGCAUAACCUGGAUAUUACUCUUAAUCAUUGCUUCAGUUUGUAAAGAGCUGGUCCCAUCAACUGCCAAAGAGGGAGGCUCAUCUAGAAUCCGGGUGGCUACAUCUGUCUGCCAAAAUCUUUUGAAAUUUGGCCUGGUAUUCAAAAGUCCGUGGAAAGAAAAAAACCUUGUCCCAGCUUCAGCUUCCAACUCUGAAGACAGACUUGCUUCUUUCAACGGUUUUCACAGAUCCGGUGACCUACGUUCUGAAGUCAGAAUUAGCUAACUUUCAAAAACAUCUGGAAAAAUGAAGACAUGGUUAAAAAUUGUAUUUGGAGUUGCCACUUCUGCUGUGCUUGCUUUAUUGGUGAUGUGCAUUGUCUUACGUCCUUCAAGAGUUCAUGACUCUGAAGGAAGUACAACAAAAACACUCACACUGAAGGAUAUUUUAAAUGGGACAUUUACCUAUAAAACAUUUUUCCCGAACUGGAUUUCAGGACACGAAUAUCUUCAUCAGUCUACAGAUAAUGAUAUAGUAUAUUACAAUAUUGAAACAGGAGAAUCAUAUACCAUUUUGAGUAAUGCCACCAUGAAAAGUGUGAAUGCUUCAAAUUAUGGCUUAUCACCUGAUCGGCAAUUUGCAUAUCUAGAAAGUGAUUAUUCAAAGCUUUGGAGAUACUCCUACACAGCAACAUAUCACAUCUACAACCUCAAUAAUGGAGAGUUUAUAAGAAGAAAUGAGCUUCCUCGUCCAAUUCAGUAUUUAUGCUGGUCGCCUGUUGGGAGUAAAUUAGCAUAUGUCUAUCAAAACAAUGUCUAUUUGAAACAAAGACCAGAAGACCCACCUUUUCAAAUAACAUAUAAUGGAAAAGAAAAUAAAAUAUUCAAUGGAAUCCCAGACUGGGUAUAUGAAGAGGAAAUGCUUGCUACAAAAUAUGCUCUCUGGUGGUCUCCUAAUGGAAAAUUUUUGGCAUAUGCAGAAUUUAAUGAUACAGAGAUACCAGUUAUUGCAUAUUCCUAUUAUGGUGAUGAACAAUAUCCUAGAACAAUAAAUAUUCCCUACCCAAAGGCUGGAGCUAAGAAUCCUGUUGUUCGGUUAUUUAUUAUCGAUACCACUUCUCCUGAGCAUGUAGGUCCCAGAGAAGUACCAGUACCAGCAAUGAUAGCAUCAAGUGAUUAUUAUUUCAGUUGGCUCACGUGGGUUACUGAUGAACGAAUAUGUUUGCAGUGGCUGAAAAGAAUCCAGAACGUUUCAGUUCUGUCUAUAUGUGAUUUUAGGGAAGGCUGGCAGACAUGGGAUUGUCCAAAGACCCAGGAGCAUAUAGAAGAAAGCAGAACUGGAUGGGCUGGUGGAUUCUUUGUUUCAACACCAGUUUUCAGCUAUGAUGCCAUUUCAUACUACAAAAUAUUUAGCGACAAGGAUGGCUAUAAACAUAUUCACUAUAUCAAAGACACUGUGGAAAAUGCUAUUCAAAUUACAAGUGGCAAGUGGGAGGCCAUAAAUAUAUUCAGAGUAACACAGGAUUCACUGUUUUAUUCUAGCAAUGAAUUUGAAGGCUACCCUGGAAGAAGAAAUAUCUAUAGAAUUAGCAUUGGAAGCUAUCCUCCAAGCAAAAAGUGCAUUACUUGCCAUCUAAGGAAAGAAAGGUGCCAAUAUUACACAGCAAGUUUCAGUGACUACGCCAAGUACUAUGCGCUUGUCUGCUAUGGCCCAGCCCUCCCCAUUUCUACCCUUCAUGACGGCCACACUGAUCAAGAAAUUAAAAUCCUGGAAGAAAACAAAGAAUUGGAAAAUGCCUUGAAAAAUAUCCAGCUGCCUAAAGAGGAAAUUAAGAAACUUGAAGUGGAUGACAUUACUUUAUGGUACAAGAUGAUUCUUCCUCCUCAAUUUGACAGAUCAAAGAAGUAUCCCUUGCUAAUUCAAGUGUAUGGUGGUCCUUGCAGUCAGAGCGUAAGGUCUGUAUUCGCUAUUAGUUGGAUUUCUUAUCUUGCAAGUAAGGAGGGGAUAGUCAUUGCCUUGGUGGAUGGCCGAGGAACAGCCUUCCAAGGUGACAGACUCCUGUAUGCAGUAUAUCGAAAGCUGGGUGUUUAUGAAGUUGAGGACCAGAUCACAGCUGUCAGAAAAUUCAUAGAAAUGGGUUUCAUUGAUGAAAAAAGAAUAGCCAUAUGGGGCUGGUCCUACGGAGGCUAUGUUUCAUCCCUGGCCCUUGCUUCAGGAACCGGUCUUUUCAAAUGUGGGAUAGCAGUGGCUCCUGUCUCCAGCUGGGAAUAUUACGCAUCUAUCUACACAGAGCGCUUCAUGGGCCUCCCAACAAAGAACGAUAACCUCAAGCACUAUAAAAAUUCAACUGUGAUGGCAAGAGCAGAAUAUUUCAGAAAUGUAGACUAUCUUCUCAUCCACGGAACAGCAGAUGAUAAUGUGCACUUUCAAAACUCAGCACAGAUUGCUAAAGCUCUGGUUAAUGCACAAGUGGAUUUCCAGGCAAUGUGGUACUCGGACCAGAACCAUGGCAUAUCCGGCCUGUCCACGAAGCACCUGUACACCCACAUGACCCACUUCCUAAAGCAGUGUUUUUCUUUGUCCGACUAAAAAGGACGCAGACGCAAGCUUGUAUCACAGUGGGAACACUUCGUAUAAAUGCCUCAGACCAUUUGCUUGUUUUACUCUUUAUGCUGUUAAAUGCUGGUACAAACAAACAAAUGAAUGAUGUUCUAAAGGCUGGCGGAAGAUUGACUCAGAAGUUCAACCCAAAUAUUGUUUACAUUUUCUGUCACUCUCUGAAAGAAAAGGGAACCAUGCCUUUUGCUUUGGACACAGACAGUGUUUUAUUACCUGUUCAUUUGAGGAAAAUAAUAAAGUCAGAAGUUAAAGUGCU